GGGCUGCAAGUGGUCAAUACUGGGUUGGAUCUAUGUAGUUGAAACUGAUGAAAGUAAACGGAACGUCUCCGCCCUCCAUCGUCUUCUUUCGUGAAAAUAAGGUGACGUGUGUACCAGCUGGCCGUGCCACGUCGACACUUUCACAUUCCGAGCACUGCAGUCAGUAUAUGCGUACAGCUGCGUAUGCUUUUCGUCUAGAGAUCGUCUCCUCGGCUGCAAAGUCAAAUAUUUUACGGCGCCAGUACUUCAGAGCAGCGGUCAUCGUUGCCCAUAGUCCAGUCAAAUGAAGAUUGGCAGAAAAGUAAUGACUACUCAACAGCUACAGAGAGCGAUUGCCAAAGGACUUUAUAACUGCUCAUUGUGAUACAGAUGGAAGUGAAAUUCUUACUUCUGAUUCUUCAUCAUCUCCAGAAACCAAGGAGAUGGAACAUUUAGACAGAGGUCUUGUUGAAGAAUAUUGCCAGGUUACCUCAGGAAGUGGACACCAGGUAAAUGACAGAGAUAUUACAUCAGAAGUACAACUACAAAGAGGUGUUACUGCUGACAGGGUGCUGCCAAAGUUCCAUGAACCAGGGGACACGAAUCCUAGACAGGAGAUAAAGGUUAUUUCAUCAGAACAACUGCAAACUUUGUGCCCUGCUGUUAAUAAGAGCCUAAACAAAACAGAUGAUCCAUCUGAAAAGAAGCAAGGAAAGUCAUGGAUAAAUACAUUUCUGAACAAAAUGCGUUUCUCAACAACAGAAGCACAUCUACCAGAUGACGACUGUCCAACAAUUGUAUGGGAUAAUGAUAGAAAACAGUGGAUUGAUACAACUACAAAUGAAAACAGUCACUCUGGUGAUCUGCUUUUGCCUCCAAAGUCAUCUGGGAUUGGUCCAUGUGGAGCCAACAAUGUUUACAGGCUCAAAAAAUCAAGAGAUGUAAGAUCAAAGUAUGUGGAUGUUCUACAGACCAACAAACAAUUUUCGAAUGUGAUACUAGGUUUCAAGAACAGCUCAGAAGAGAAAUCAUAUUUAUAACAAGGGAACUAUAUAACUAGAUGUGUG